AUGGAUGAUGCUAAAGGUGUGCCUACUCCUCUCGCCUCUUAUCUCAAGUUGUCCAAGAGGUUGUGUCCACAAACAAAAGCGAAAGAAGAGCAAAUGGUAAGAAUCCCGUACACUAGUGCUGUUGGUAGCGUGAUGUAUGCCAUGGUAUGUUCUAGACCCGACAUAGCCCAUGCUGUGAGUUUGGUAAGUAGAUAUAUGUCAAAUCCGGGAAAGGGACAUUGGGAGGCACUUAAGUGGUUGUUAAGGUAUUUGAAAAGUACUUCUAAUGUUUGUCUCAUGUAUGGGAAGGAUUCAAGCGAGUUAAUCGGGUUUCAUGACUUGGACUAUGGAGGUGAUCUUGAUAAUAGAAAGUCCACAAGUGGGUUCGUGUUCACAUUGAGUGGUUCGGCGGUAAGUUGGCAAUCAUCAUUACAAGAUGUGUUUUCUCUUUCAACAACCGAAGCGAAGUACAUAGCCGUUGCCGAGUCAUUCAAGGAGGUAAAGUGGGUCAAAGGUCUUGUCGGUGAAAUGUGCAAUAAGGACUUUGAUUACAUGGAUCCGUUAAGUGAAAAACAAGUUAGUAAUGGAUCUGUGGGCGAAGCUACUCGUAGCAAAAUCUGUGGGCGAAAGUUUGUGAAGACCAAUAAAUUUGACCUUGGAUAUCUAUAUCAUGAACUUAAUUAUUCAUGA